GGCACUCUUGAGAAGUGCUGCGUGUGCAAGCAGACCAUCACGGACCGGAUGCUGCGAGCCACGGGCAGCUCUUACCACCCUCAGUGUUUCACCUGCGUGGUGUGCCGCAAACCCCUGGAAGGGGCGUCCUUCAUCGUGGACAAAGCCAACCUGCCCCACUGUGUGGACGACUACCACAGAAAAUACGCCCCGCGCUGUUCGGUAUGUGCCGACCCCAUUAUGCCAGAACCUGGGAAGGACGAGACUGUCCGAGUGGUGGCCCUGGAGAAGAACUUCCACAUGAAAUGCUACAAAUGUGAG